AUGUCUAGCUCCGAAGGGUUAAAGAAAACCACCAUUAACCGCGACCCGCUGCAGAGGCCAACUCAACAGACUGCCGAUAAAGCCCGUGCGACAUGGCUCGCGAACCUGACCAAGGAAGUCAGCCAGGGCACCGGCGAGCUGCACCCUGUGCUGCAAGAAUUCCAGCACCUCAUUGAAUCCAACCCACGCAUCUACAUGCUGUUCCAGUCCAUGUGGGCCCAGGCACAGGAGCAGGGGGGUCCGGACCGGAACCGUAGCCAUGAAGUCCAAGACUACCAGCAGAUGCUACAAGUGCUGAACUAUAUCAUCACGCACGCACCGCCGUACACGGAAAUCCUCGCUGGGGUUCCCAUAAUCGGGGUGUUCCAAUACGCCAUCCCGACAGUCAGCGGCUACGCUGUCUUCGUUGACCCGGAGGUCAACGCCAUGCUCAAAAAGGUACUGGAUGCGUGGAGCCAGUUUCUCUCCUCGCCGGAAUCAGCAUCUGUGCUCGAUACCUCGUCCACGGGCUGGUUUGGGGACGCAUCGAUGCGCAAACUGAUCAGCAUGGGUAAUGUCGGCGGCACGACCUACGAGUUUGACGAGCUGUUCGUCUGCGACCGCACUGCUCCCAACUACGGCUUCCGGUCUUGGGAUGCGUUCUUCACGCGCCCGUUUAGAGAGAACAUUCGGCCCGUCGCCUCACCAGAUGACGACGCGGUCAUCGCCAAUGCAUGCGAAUCGCAGCCCUUCACUUUGGCCAUGGAUGUGAAAGCUCGGGAUAGUUUCUGGAUCAAAGGCCAGACCUAUUCCCUGGUUGAUAUGUUUGGGGCUGGGUUUCCGGACUGUUUCAUCGGCGGGACUAUCUACCAAGGUUACCUAGACACGUUUAGUUAUCACCGGUGGCACGCGCCUGUCUCGGGGAAGGUUGUGAAGGCAUACACGAUUGACGGGACUUAUUGUUCUACGCCCCGAGCCAUAGACAAGGAUGCUGACGAUGGCCAAGAAGGGGUCGAAAUUGCAUAUCAGGUGUAUCUGUCCGCAAUGGCGACACGAGCAGUGAUCUUCAUUCAGUCGGAUGACCCGGAUAUCGGCCUGGUGGGCUUUCUGGGGAUUGGUAUGGUAGAAAUCUCAACGUGUGACAUUACUGUGAAAGAAGGGGAGUUUGUCAAGAAGGGAGACCAAAUUGGAAUGUUUCAUUAUGGAGGAUCGUCCCAUUGUGUCGUCUUCCAGGAAGGGGUCAAUGUGACGGGAUUCCCGGAGAUUGGAAGCAAGGAGAACGUGCCUGUCCGGGGCAGAUUGGCUGUUUUGCAGCGGUAG